AUGGGGCUAUGGGGCCAUGGGGCUAGGGGGCCAGGGCACACUGUGUUUUCCCGUUCCCGGCCUCCACUGGUCGGCGCGCUGGACGCCGCGAACAGCGGCCGCGUCGCCGGCUGGCUGGUUGAUGGGCUUCAAGCCGUGUCGGGGGUUCCGGGCGUGCCCGACGGCCCGAGACGGAAGUGCUUCACUGGAAAGAGUCAUACGACGCCGACUUCGCCGCCCAUGCUGUAA